ACGAAUGAUCAGGCUAUUUGUGCACCCGAUGUAGGAAUUUUAGGGGUUACAAAUUAAAUUAGCAAGUGUUAAAUUAAAAAUAAGGAAGUUGAAAGAACGCGUAUUCAAUUCACUGAUUGUGAAUUAUUGUUUUUGACCGCAAUUUUUUUACUCACUUGUUUGAGGCGGACGCCCAGAGUUCUUCCCCUUCUGUUUUGAGGCUGAAGUUGUUGCGCAAGGCAAAUGUGAGAUCCACCUGCAAUCUACAGAGGAGUCUGCAAUCUACGGAGGAGCCUUCCAAUAUUUGGAUGUAUGUGCUCUGGAAUAUGAAGUGGUUUAUUUUCAGAAGGCAGGAAAAAUAAACGUUUUUCCCCCUUGUUUGGUAUUUCAGCCUCGCAUCAAUUCUUACACGGGCAGUUGAGCGAAUUUAUUUCAUAUUUUGACCACACGGAAAAUGAAAAUAUAUUUUAUCAGGGCUCGUGCAACCUCGAGAUGUCUUUGAUUCAUUAAACAUAAACAUAAUUGGUCUCCACACUUUCAGAAAUCAGGACACGGGCAAAGUCUGGAGAGGAUGAGGAGUCGCUGGGUGAAGCAUGAGCUGCCAGGGUAUCGGUCUUAGACAGGUGCCUGUGCUGCUCUUAUGGGAGGGGGUCGCUCUGGGCCUGUUCUGCUGCUGGACCUGGGCUGGGGUUGCUGCCGCCGCGGCCGGACCCAGUGAUGGCGGUGGUGCUGGGCCCAUGGGCUGGCUGCUGUCGGACAAAGGGCCCUUCCACAAUGCCCUGGAGUUCACGGAGUCUGUGGAGAGACACCAGCAAGGCUACACCACCAGAUACAAGAUCUACAGGGAGUUUGGCAGAUGGAAGGUCAACAGCCUGGCGGUGGAGUGGCGUGACAACAGUGGCGGCCUGGCUCCGCCCCUCGACCCUGACUUCAUGCACACGGUCAGGCAGCUUGGGAGGCGGCCCACACUCCGCAGGAUCACUGAGAAAAUCAUCAAGAAGUACGGGACUCACCUCCUACUGUCCGCCACGCUGGGAGGGGAGGAGUCCUUGACGAUAUUUGUGGAUAAGAGGAAGCUAAGCCGUGACCCGGAACCAUGGGCUGGAGCUGAGGGCAGCAGACACAACGGUACGGGGGCCAUGGCAGGGGCGGUGACCCUGGAGGCCCUUCACCAGCUGGCUGCCUCCUACUUCACCGACAGGGAGAGCACUCUGCGCCGGCUCCACCACCUCCAGAUUGCCUCCACUGCCAUCAGGGUGACUGAAACCAGGACGGGCCCGCUUGGAUGCAGUAACUAUGACAACCUUGACUCUAUCAGCUCAGUACUGGUCCACAGUCCAGAAAACAAGAUCCAGUUACAAGGACUCCAGGUAAUUCUACCAGCCUACCUGCGGAGCCGCUUCGUCCAGGCAGCCCUCAGCUACAUCGGCUGUAACUCGGAGGGACAGUUUGUUUGCAGGGCCAGUGACUGCUGGUGCCAGUGCGGCCCGGACUUCCCACAGUGCAACUGUCCACAGACAGACCUCCAUGCCCUGGAGAACAACCUACUGCGCCUCAGGGAGGCUUGGACACUGGCCAACCAGGAGUUUGUGGAAUCAGAGGAGUUCCAAAGUUUUGCUGGAAGGUUGCCAACCCAUUACGCCGUGAACACAUCUGUCGUGGAGCACUUGUGGAGGAUGGAUGGGGGUCUGCUCCAACGCUAUAGGCAGCUGGAGACCACGAGUGGCCUGCUCCUUGACAAAGCACGUCGCGCCGCUAACAAGCUCUUCAUUCUUAGCAAGAGAUGCCGCCAUCGGCCCAGGAUAGUGCUGCAGAGGGAGAGACCCCUUCGUUACUGGCUGAGCUACAUCCUGUCCCUUCUGUACUGCAGUGAGAAUGACCACAUCGGCCUGUACUCUGUGGAGACCCGCAGCUGCUCCUGCCCCUACCUCCACCCCCCCUGCCAGGGCCCCAUCCCCUGCUCAGUAGGAGAGGGCCCCCGCUGCACCUCCUGUUCCACUGAGAACCGCACCCGCUGCUCCAGCUGCAACCCGGGCUUUACCCUGGGCCAGGGGCUGUGCCGACCCGCCGUGCCUGACCCCACGGACCCCUACCUGGGCUUGGAGAGCGACCGCGACCUCCAGGACCUGGAGCUGUGCUACCUGCUCCAGCACCGGGACCCGCGCAUCACCUUGCACGGCGUCUUCGUCAGCAACGAUGUUCGCCUCAACGCCUGGUUUGACCCGUCGUGGCGGAAAAGGAUGCUGCUGACCUUGAAGAGCAACCGCUACAAGUCCAACCGUGUGCACAUGCUCCUGGGGGUGGCGCUCCAGGUGUGCCUGACCAAGAACAGCACGCUGGAGCCUGCGCUGUCCGUGUUCGUCAACCCGUUCGGGGGCAGCCACUCGGAGAGCUGGACCAUGCCCAUCGGCCAGCAUGGCUACCCCGACUGGGAGCGGACCAAGCUGGAUAUCCCCCUGGACUGCUACAACUGGACCUUGACACUGGGCAACCGGUGGAAGAGCUUUUUCGAGACAGUGCAUUUCUACCUGAGGAGCCGCAUUAGGGAUUCGGUGCCAGGAUUGGCUCCAGGGCCAGAGGUUAGGGGACACAGGAACGCUAGUACAGUGUACCUGGAAUCACCAGAGGGCACCGUGGAACCAGUGGUAGCAUCUUCAUCCCAGAACAUGGGCUACAUGAAGAUCAACAGCAUGCAGCUGUUUGGAUACAGCAUGCACUUUGACCCGGACACCAUCCAGGACCUGAUCUUGCAGCUGGACUACCCGUACACUCAGGGAUCCCAGGACUCGGCCCUGCUGCAGCUGGUGGAGAUCCGCUACAGGGUCAACCGACUCUCUCCUCCAGGGGCUCAACCGAUGGACCUGUUCUCAUGUCUGCUCCGUCACAGACUGAAACUGUCCAGCUCUGAAGUGACCAGAAUACUGGCUUCCUUACAGGCUUUCAGUGCCAGACAACCAAACUCUGUGGAGUACGAAGCAACCAAACUAUGUAGUUAAUAAUGAGCGGUGGGCAGGACCAAUGUGAUGUUUUUUCUAUUAACCCAAUUAGAGACAAUGUCUGCCACAUAAGCUUAUAGAUUUUGUCCAAUGGGUCCAUUUGUGUCGGUGUACACUGUUCAUGGCUUUAGUUGUAUGUAAGUGUCAUUGAAUUUGAUGUUUUUAAAUCACUCAAAUCAAUCCAAUUGCUUUCAUUUGUGUACUUUUAUGAAUUUUAGGAAACAAACCAUCAAUUGGUUAUUACAUUGAUACUAACAUGCACCCGACUGGAGCAUAUGUAUCAAUCCAAUUCAUCUUCUGAGGGAAGGGGAGUGAGACGCUGCAUAUGGGCUGUGUUUGUACUGACCAUCUGAAGCUGCAGAAUACAUUGUCUCACAGUGUCUCUAUUCUCCAAUGGGGAGAGAAGGCAUCCUUGGCACAGAUUACCAAGCAUAUAGUGGGGAGAUUGAGAGUAGUAGCCUCCUACUCUGUACCUGGCCGACAUUCACCUUUACUGUGAGGGAUGAGGGAGGGAAGCAGAGAGACAUGCAAAGCAUCAAACACGGGCUAGGUAUCAAUGGCCAUGAUCAGAGAUACAGUUGAAGUCUGAAGUUUACAUACACCUUCGCCAAAUACAUUUAAACUCAGUUUUUCACAAUUCCUGACAUUUAAUCCAAGUAGAAAUUCCCUGUUUUAGGUCAGUUAGGACCACCACUUUAUUUUAAUAAUGUGAAAUGUCAGAAUAAUAGUAGAGAGAAUUAUUUAUUUCAGCUUUUAUUUCUGUCAUCACAUUCCCAGUGGGUCAAAAGUUUACAUACACUCAAUUAGUAUUUGGUAGCAUUGCCUUUAAAUUGUUUAACUUGGGUCAAAUGUUUCAGGUAGCCUUCCACAAGUUUCCCACAAUAAGUUGGGUGAAUUCUGUCCCAUUCCUCCUGACAGAGCUGGUAUAACUGAGUCAGGUUUGUAGGCCUCCUUGCUCGCACACGCUUUUUCAGUUCUGCCCACAAAUUCUCUAUAGGAUCAGGGCUUUGUGAUGGCCACUCCAAUACCUUGACUUUGUGGCCCUUAAGCCAUUCUGCCACAACUUUGGAAGUAUGCUUGGGGUCAUUGUCCAUUUUGGAAGACCCAUUUGCGACCAAGCUUUCACUUCCUAACUGAUGUCUUGAGAUGUUGCUUCAGUAUAUCCACAUCAUUUUCCUUUCCUCAUGAUGCCAUCGAUUUUGUGAAGUGCACUAGUGCAGCAAAGCACCCCCACAACAUGAUGCUGCCACCCCCGUGCUUCACGGUUGGAAUGGUGUUCUUCGGCUUGCAAGCAACCCCCUUCUUCCUCUAAACAUAACGAUGGUCAUUAUGGCCAAACAGUUCUAUUUUUGUUUCAUCAGACCAGAGGACAUUUCUCCAAAAGUACGAUCUUGUGCAGUUGCAAACCGUAGUCUGGCUUUUUUUUAUGGCGGUUCUGGAGCAGUGGCUUCUUCCUUGCUGAGCGGCAUUCAGGUUAUGUCGAUAUAGGACUCGUUUUACUGUGGAUAUAGAUGUUUUUGUACCGGUUUCCUCCAGCAUCUUCACAAGGUCCUUUGCUGUUCUUCUGGGAUUGAUUUGCACUUUUCGCACCAAAGUACGUUCAUCUCUAGGAGACAGAACGCGUCUCCUUUCUGAGUAUGACGGCUGCGUGGUCCCAUGAUGUUUAUACUUGCGUACUAUUGUUUGUACAGAUGAACGUGGUACCUUCAGGCAUUUAGAAAUGUCUCCCAAGGAUGAACCAGACUUGUGGAGGUCAAACAUUUUUUUUGAGGUCUUGGCUGAUUUCUUUUGAUUUUCCCAUGAUGUCAAACCAAGAGGCACGGAGUUUGAAGGUAGGCCUUGAAAUACAUCCACAGGUACACCUCCAAUUGACUCAAAUUAUGUCAAUUAACUUAUCAGAAGCUUCUAAAGCCAUGACAUCAUUUUCUGGAAUUUUCCAAGCUGUUUAAAGGCACAGUCAACUUAGUGUAUGUAGAGUUCUGACCAACUGGAAUUGUGAUACAGUGAAUUAUAAGUGAAAAAAUCUGUUUGUAAUCAAUUGUUGGAAAAUUACUUGUGUCAUGCACAAAGUAGAUGUCCUAACCGACUUGCCAAAACUAUAGUUUGUUAACAAGAAAUUUGUGACCUAAGGGUACGUGAACUUCCGACAUCAACUGUAGUUCUCACGCGGAGCAAGAGGGAGUUGAUUUAAAGUCUCAAAGACCAUUGGGUAAAUCUUAAAUAGCACUUGUGCAGAAGUCACUAGUAGUCAAGAAAUCUAGAUUCAUAAGACAUUUUCUCCUGGGGGUAAAGGAGAGACUUGAUUUUCUGAUAUUCUCUACUAACCACUGCUCAUAUUGAAUUUAAAGAGGAUGAGAGCUGAAGGGAUUAUGCAAUGUGAUGGUACUUUAUGGAGGUAGGGGGUAUUUUUCGACUGUGUAUAAGUGUGUUUUUCUGUAGUCUAAUAGUGAGAAGCUUGUACAUGUUAUUUUGUGUGUUAUUUAUGCCAGACUUUUUAAAAAUCAAAUAAAAAAAUCAGAGUAAUCCAUCCCA